AUGGAUGAAUUUUGUGGUUCUUGUUUUUGGGAUUCGGAAGCUGUUUGGGAUACGGAUGAUCCUGAUUUGACGUUAUGUUUUGAAAAAACUGUUCUCGCCUGGGUUCCUUGUGCAUUUCUGUGGAUUCUUUCGCCGUUGGAAAUAUACCAUCUGUGUCAUUCGAAAACGUCCGAUAUACUUUUCAAUGUAUACAAUGUUUCGAAAUUGAUUGGAAUACUAAUUUCGGCUGUGGCUGCUUUCGCAGAUAUCGUACACUUUGUGAUUUUUCACUCCACUAAUUUUCCGGUCGAUUUUUACUCCCCUUUAAUCAAGUUUUUUACUUUGGUAGAAGAUCUUCGGCUACACUAUUUUUCUUCUCAUUGUUAUCGACGAUGUGGGGCUCCGCAGUUCCGGACUGAAUUUCGUUUAAAAUGGUCUUCGGAAGAAAACUUCGAAACAACGGAAUUUGUUUCCUACGUCAUUUAUUACUUUGCCAUUGUAGUGGUCUUUGUCUUGAACUGUUUUGCUGACUCACGACCUCGAAUUGUACCUGGUUCAUUUGAUAAGAAUGAAAAUCCAAGAAGCCAGUCUUCAUUCUUGUCUCAAAUUUUAUUCUCCUGGUUCGAACCGCUGGUUUGGAAAGGGUAUAAAAAAUCUUUGGACGAUGACGAUCUAUGGAGCUUAGAUCCUUCCAUUUCAACAUCAUGCGUCGUUCCAAAAUUUGAAAAACUAUGGAAAAAAUCGUUGGGAAAAGUUAAAAAAGAUGCAAAUUUCAGCAUAAAAGUGAAACGAAAAAAUGGUCGAUACAGUUUCGAUGGGCUUCAGUAUGAAAUUAGGAAUAGAUACGUGUCAGUUGUACCUGCAUUAUGUCAAACUUUUGGUUUGAAUUUUUUGAAAGGAAUUUUGUUGAAAAUUUUCCUCGACGUUUUCGUCUUCGUUAAUCCUCAGAUAUUGAGUUUAUUAAUUGAUUUCGCGGGUAGCGAAGAACCUAUGUGGAAAGGAUACUUGUACGUGAUAUGCUUAUUUGUCGCUGCUGUGAUUCAAACUCUGUUAUCUGCGCAUUAUCAAGAUGCAAUGUACACGAUUGGUAUUAAAAUACGAACUUGCUUGAUUUCGAUUAUUUAUAAAAAGGCAUUACGCAUAUCAAAUGGUGCUCGAAGAAAUUUCACUUCUGGCGAAAUAUUAAAUUUAAUAUCCGUAGAUGCCAGUCGCUUCGUUGACCUAUUGUCGUAUUCCUAUUUACUAAUUUCGACUCCGUUUCAAAUCGUGCUGUCGAUAUAUUUUUUAUGGCAAAUUCUGGGUCCUAGUGUAUUAUCCGGCUUCGUCAUUAUGGUGAUUUCAAUUUUUGUCAACAGCUUCAUCGCUUCUCAAACGAAGGCAUUGCAGUUUGAACAAAUGCAGAAAAAAGAUGACCGGAUUAAAUUAAUGAAUCAGAUACUUUCUGGGAUGAAAGUGUUGAAGUUAUACGCAUGGGAACCUAGUUUUGAAAAACAAGUCUUAUCAAUUCGAAAUAAUGAAGUGAAAAUAUUGAAAAAACAAGCAUAUUUGACCGGCAUAUCAACAUUUACUUGGGCUGCUACGUCAUUUUUGGUGUACGUUGUUACUUUUGCCGUAUAUGUCUUAUCGGAUGAGAAAAAUGUGCUGGAUGCAAAAAUUGUUUUCGUAUCUUUGGCAAUAUUUAAUAUCCUGAAAGUACCAUUUUUUUCGAUUUCGGCAAUGAUAUCAAACUUGGUGCAGAGCAGUGUUUCGAUAAAACGAAUUAAUAAAUUUUUAAAUUGCGAAGACUUGAACCCCGAUGAUAUUUCACACGAUGAUAAAUCUGAAGCUUUGGUUAUUGAACAUGGAACAUUUUCAUGGGAAGGAAAUGAAACACUGCCUGUUUUACGAAACAUAAAUAUGAAAGUUGAUCAAGGAACUUUGGUAGCUGUCGUCGGUCCGGUUGGCUCUGGGAAAAGCUCGUUGCUUUCUGCAUUUCUUGGUGAAAUGUAUAAAAUAACAGGCACUGUGAAUACUAAAGGUACCAUAGCAUACGUGCCACAAGAAGCAUGGAUUCAGAAUACUACUGUUAAAAAUAAUAUCACUUUUGGCCAAACUGUUAAAGGCCGGCAUUACGACAGAGUUUUGGAGGCGUGCGCUUUAAAACCAGACUUGAAAACACUUCCUGGCGGUGAUUUGACAGAAAUUGGAGUCAAGGGAGUAAAUUUGAGCGGUGGUCAAAAGCAGAGACUCAGUUUGGCCAGAGCUGUGUAUUUUGAAGCAGACGUGUAUCUUUUAGAUGAUCCUCUAAGUGCGGUAGAUUCGCAAGUUGGCAAACAUGUAUUCGAACGUGUGAUUGGCCCGAAUGGAUUAUUGAAAAAUAAGACUCGUGUCUUGGUAACUCACAGCGUUACACAUUUAUCCAAAGUUGACUUCAUCGUCGUCAUUAAAGAUGGCACUAUUUCUGAAUAUGGCACCUUCCAAGAACUACUCGGCAGCAAGGGAGAUUUCUCCGAAUUUUUAGUUACAUAUUUGGAAGAAAAUUUGGAAUCUGAAGAUGAAGAAUUAGGCGAAUUGAAGGACAUUUUGGUGGAGAAGAAAAUAACCUAUGAAAGGUACGCUAGACAAAUAUCGAUCGACUAUGGAAUUGAUUACACAGCGCUUCAGUUUAGAGUGAACUUACAUGCUAGAGGUUCGUUUAGAAGACGUUCAACCAUACAUUCUAACGAGAUCGCAGCAGUUGGACAAAAAUUAAUCGAAAUUGAACAAGCUGAAACAGGAAAUUUGAGUUGGGAUGUUUACGCAUACUACAUACGUGCAAUUGGAUAUCUCAUGACUUCUGCCAUAAUAUUGGUCAAUUGUCUACUUCAAGUGUUAUCCUUCGCUUCGAGUUUAUGGCUGACAAAGUGGGCAGACGAUUCGAAUAUCACUACUUCCGAUGGCAUUCAGAAUUCUACACUGACACAUUUCUAUCUUUCAGUUUAUAUUUCUUUAGGAUUCAGUAAAAGUGUUAUAGAAUUUUUAUCAUCAAUUGCUGCUCGAAUCGGAUGCUGUAUCGGGGCCAAGCUUUUACACAAUUUAUUACUGCAUAAUCUUUUUCGUUUACCACUUUCGUUCAUGGAUGUGACACCUAGUGGCCGGAUUUUAUCCAGGUUUUCUGGCGAUAUCGAUAUUGUCGAUUAUUCUUUUCCAGAUUUGCUCUCUGCGGCUUGUUUCUGCUUUGGUGAUGUGAUAUGUAAUCUAUUCAUUGUCAGCUGCUGUACUCCAAUUUUUGUCACUGUUAUUUUACCUAUUACUGUAUUAUAUUGUAUUGCUCAACGAUUUUAUGUAGCUACAUCGAGACAACUAAAACGAUUAGAAUCUAUAUCACGAUCUCCGUUGUAUUCACAUUUUGUUGAAACUGUCGUUGGGGCAUCGUCAAUUCGAGCUUAUGGUCUUUCAGAAAAAUUCAUCAAACAGUCUGAAGAAAAAGUGGACCAUAAUAACAAAAGUUAUUAUCUGAAUCUUAUUUCAAAUAGAUGGCUUUCGGUUCGUUCAGAAACUAUCAGCAAUCUGAUUAUACUUUUUGCAGCAUGGUUUGCUGUAUUAGAGAGAGAUUCCAUUAGUCCUGGACUUGUCGGGUUAUCUGUUGGAUACACUCUUCAAAUUACUCUGACCUUAAGCUGGUCAAUAUUCAGGAUUUCAAACUUAGAAACCAACAUAGUUUCUGUUGAAAGGAUCAAAGAAUACAGUGAAAAACCUCAAGAAGCCGCUUGGAAAGUCCCUAACGAAUCAAUUCCAAAAAGCUGGCCUUCAAAAGGCAAUAUCGACUUUCAAGAUUUCAAAGUGAGAUACCGGGAAGGUUUGGAAUUAGUUCUGAAAGGUAUUUCAUUCUCUGUACAAGAUGCCCAAAAAGUUGGUAUCGUUGGUAGAACUGGUGCUGGGAAGUCAUCGUUGACUUUGAGUUUAUUCAGAAUCCUUGAAGCUGCUGAUGGUAAAAUUUUAAUCGAUGGUAUUGAUAUUGCUACUCUUGGAUUGCAUACUCUUCGUUCCAAGCUUACUGUCAUUCCACAGGAUCCAAUUUUAUUUUCUGGCUCAUUGCGAAUGAAUUUAGAUCCAUUUAAUGAGCAUUCCGAUGAAGACCUGUGGCAUGCCUUGGAGCUAGCCCAUCUGAAGACGUAUAUUUUGAGUUCGGAUGAUGGACUAGAGUAUGAAAUCACAGAAGGAGGUGAAAAUUUCAGCGUUGGCCAAAGACAGCUGAUUUGCUUGGCGAGAGCUUUAUUACGUAAAACAAAGAUUUUAAUUUUGGACGAAGCAACGGCUGCGAUUGAUUUAGAAACUGAUGAUUUAAUUCAGGGUACGAUACGUAACGAAUUCAAAGAUUGUACUGUGUUGACGAUUGCUCAUCGAUUGAAUACCAUAAUGGAUUAUGAUAAGAUUAUUGUUCUCGAUGAAGGAAAUUUGGUGGAAUAUGAUUCUCCGCAGGCUUUAUUAGAAAAACGAACUUCGAUGUUUUAUGCUAUGGCUGCUGAUGCUGGUUUAGUGUGAAAAUAGUGAAAAUCACGUGUCGAUGUUCGAGGAGUGUUAGUAUCAAAAACGUUUACCUGCAGGUUGUUCUAAGUUUCUCAUUCGGAUUCAACAAACGUGGAGAAGUAUCUUUUUUUUUUUUUUUUUUUUUUUUUUUUUUUUAAAUAGUACAAUUAUUCAGAAACUGAAUAUCUGAAGUUUAAAAAAAACUAGACGUGUUGUAUUAUUUUGAUAUUUGCAUGA